AUGUCAUCGCAAAAAUAUGCGUACGAGCUCGGGCAUCUACUGAAGAAUAUUAAUGCAAGCAGCAUACCACCGGCCACCAGCAGCGGCAUGCCGGAACAACAUAACCACCCCAGCGUGCUGGGCUGGACGUGCGAAACCGUGAGCGAUUGGGCGCGCAAGGAAGGCCUAUCGCGGCGCAUCAUCGAGUGGAUUGCCCGCGAGGACAUCGACGGACGGUGUCUCCUUGCGAUUACGGAGCAGGAUGUGCACGAUCUACCGCAGCACUGCGCCUCGAAGCUGCGCUUCGGCGAUAUCAAGCGGUUCUGGUUCGCCACGCGGCUUUUGCAGCGUCAGCACCAUCUCGCCACGUCCGGUUCGUUUGGAUUGCCUGGCCUGUGGAACGGCGAGUAUGGAUUGAGUGCCAGCGAUAUCCUACCACCUGCACAUCAAGCGGCGGGUGUUGGGGCAGCACAUCAUCCUGGGCCAGGCAAUCUGCAUCAUCAUCACCACCACCAUCACAAUGCAUCGCUCUUGUCGAGCAUGGGAACGAGCUACGGAUCGGUCGGUUACAGCUACAGCGACCUCGAGCGCAUCUCUCCGCCAAUGUCCAUCGACGGGUGUGCCACGUGCAUACAACCUGAGUUUUUUAAAACGAUGAUAAGUUUGGGAUACGCCUUUCUGGUCACCUGGAUCACCGCGUUUGUGAUGGUGGUGGUACACGAACGCGUGCCGGACAUGAAGAAGUACCCACCCUUACCGGAUAUCUUCCUGGACAACGUACCCCACAUACCGUGGGCUUUCCACAUGUGCGAGGUUACCGGUACCAUUUUGUUCUGCAUAUGGGUGUGCGUCCUGGUGGUACACAAGCACCGGAUGGUGUUGCUGCGACGGUUCUUUGCACUGGCUGGAACCGUGUUCUUGCUGCGCUGUGUAACGAUGCUGAUUACGUCCCUGAGCGUUCCGGGAACCCAUCUGGAAUGUACACCGCAUGAUCACAAGUUUGACGAUAGCAACGUACGCUUAUCGGAAAUGAUCUACCUUCGAAUCAGUCGUGCCUAUACAAUUUGGAGUGGGCUUGGCAUGUCCAUACAGGGCGUCCGGACGUGCGGGGAUUACAUGUUUAGUGGCCACACGGUCGCGUUGACAUUGCUCAACUUCUUCAUUACCGAAUAUACGCCUCGGAAUCUAUACUUCCUGCAUACGCUUACCUGGCUGUUGAAUAUGUUCGGUAUAUUUUUCAUUCUGGCCGCCCACGAGCAUUACUCAAUCGAUGUGUUCGUUGCUUUCUACAUAACUUCGAGAUUAUUUUUAUACUACCAUACGUUAGCUAACAACCAGGCACUGAUGUCGCACGAUUCCAACCGCACACGCAUAUGGUUUCCCAUGUUUAGCUACUUCGAAAGCUCGGUCGAUGGCAUCAUUCCAAACGAAUACGACACGGUGUAUGGCGUGCUGUACAAGGCGUUCGGUUUUGUGCUCUACGUAAAGGAUGUAUGCAUGCUGACGGCACGCCGCUUCUGGAUUACCAAUAUCGAUGGGCCAGCAGGUGUGUUGAAGACAAAGUCGCUACUGCAACAUCUGCAGACCAAACAAUGCCAAGAGCAACAGGCCACCGGUAACAAGGAGGACACCACCUCAACCAAAGCGAAAAAUGGCAUCGAGGAAGAUUCAGACGAGCAGCAGCAAUCAAACACCCGAAAGCUUUUGCUUUCGAGCAACAUCGAACAUAACCCGAUCCCCUUUGCUAGUCCCGCCAGCAAUAUCAACGCUAAUUACGACGUCGCUAGUCUGAAGCGAAAGUCCUUUGGCAACAAUAACGGCAACGCGGGUUCCCUUCCAAAAAGCGCCAAUGAUUCUCCAAAGAUGAAUAUUAUUAACAACAACAACAACAACAACCAUCUUCCUCCCGGCAGUGUUGGGAACGACGAAGUGAGUGGACCAAAGGAUAAUGCCAAGAAGGAACUGUAAUAAGGUGCUUCUGCUACGAGAACUGAACGCUGUUGUUUUAAUGAGUGCAGCUGG